AUGGCUAGCGCAACCAUAGCUCGUCGCCUCUCCUAUUUCUAUACAUUCCUCGCGCUCGCCGCCGUCUUUCCGCUAGCUGCUCUCGACGCCUUCCCCCACCGCGCGCUCCUCCAGUCCUGCCAGCCCAACGGCUCCAUCCGCGGCAAGUCCGGCAGCUGCAACCCGGAGAACGACUCCGUGUGCUGCGAGGACGGGAAGCGCUACACCACCUUCGCGUGCUCCCCGCCCGUCGUCACGACGGGCACCCGCGCCACGCUCACGCUCAACAGCUUCGCCGACCACGGGGACGGCGGCGGCGCGGCCAGCUGCACGGGCACCUUCUUUGGCGACGGCGAGAGGGUGGUCGCGCUGUCCACGGGGUGGUUCGGCCGGGGGAGCCGGUGCAGGAGGAGCGUCGUGAUCCGGGCGAGCAACGGCAGGUCCGUCACGGCCAAGGUCGUGGACGAGUGCGACUCCAUGCACGGGUGCGACGACGAGCACAACUUCGAGCCGCCGUGCGACAACAACAUCGUUGACGGGUCGCCGGCGGUGUGGAAGGCACUGGGGCUCAAAACUGACGAUGGGAGAGUGCCCGUCACCUGGUCCGAUGCCUGA